ACAGAAAUAUGAAAAUGUGUGCUCUCUGAUACCGUGGACGAUCUCUCUAACACAACUUGUGUUUCUCCUCCCCGCGGCUUCUCGGUGGAGUUUGACACCGCUGCUCAGUCCGUCUCCUGGUCGACGAGUUCCCCUGAGUCACCAGAGGCUCGUGCCAACUGGAGGGAAAGAGCCUGACCGCUAACAAGUGUUCACUGACUCAUAGCACCACAGUAUGUCCCUCUGUGUGUGUGAGUGUGUGUGAGUGUGUGUGUGUCUCUACAUACUAUUCUAUUAUAUACUAUUCUAUUUCUCACUUUGCACCCAUCCCACAGAAAACGUGUUCUUCUUCCAAAAGAUCAUGUACUUCGGCUGUAACAAAGAUACGUGUAAAAGAUAAAAGUACCAAGAGGAAAAUAAAUCGAUAAGAAUGAAAAAGUGUUUUCUGUCUUUAGGGGAACUUAUAAAAAUAAUUUACAAUAUUUCUGAAAUCCUGUGAUUCAGAAAUCCCCCAGACAUUUUCUCGGAGGGGCUGCACGCGAGAACGCAGAUGCCUGAACCGGUGGCUCCGAACAUGUUACCAGUCCCCAAGUAAAAUGUCAGGGAAAUUCACAGCGUGCGUGUGGGUGAGUUGAUGACACACAACAGACACACAACCAAAAAAAAAACAACCAAAAGAAUAUAGAUAUAUGAGGAUGAAAAAGCGGAGCCUUACACACAAAAAGACACUAAUUAAGAUGUCAGGUAUAAACGAGAUUUGAAAGCUUUCGUUGAUGAGGUCCCAUGCCACUAACGAUUGAUACAGGAAUUGAUGCCUCCUGCGUUUUCUACCAGGACACCCCCGCUCGCCAGGAUGUUCAGGAUAUUUUUCCUGUUGUUGUUUCCGUGUGUCUUAGAUGGACAAUGUCUAGCUGCGUUCUUCAUCUAUGAAAGUGUCCUUUGUGAGGUUGUGUCUGAAAACUGCUUCUGCCUGCUGUUUGGUAACGUACAGUGAGUUUCUAGAGCAGCCAACAGGCUUCAGCAGACGAUUAUCUUCAGAAACGCCAAGAGACAAAACCAGAUCAACGAGCUGAAAGAUUCUAAAAGGCUUCAUAGAGCUGUCCGAUCACUUUACCAAUUAGGGCCGAUGAAAGGUCAUAGGAUGUUAUUUAACUCCUCCUUUCCCCAACAAUAACAAAGACAAAAGCUAAAUAGGGAACAAGAGACAACGAUCCCUGACACUGCUUGACGCUUUGUUUGUUUGCGUCACACGGAUGAUUGGUCCUAAAUUUCCUGGUAAACGCAGGCAUCGCGUCUGCCUCUCUCUCAUCUGGAUUCUAUUCAAAGAGGCAUCUCAGACAAAGACACUGAAUAGUCUUCAUUCAAAAAAUGUAAUCAUUUCUUGUCUCUGUCUCCUGGGAAACUCAGGGGCUUGAAGAAGAAAGAGAAAAUCUCGGUCACAGUGCCAUAACAGUACACACACUUAAAUAUAAUCACACUCCGACCUGUAAAUUGCUCGAAACAUGAAUAGACUGCGCCCUGCUAACGCGUCACAGAGACGUUCUGUCCUUGAUCAGGCUCGGUAGCUUAAUGGUGCCCCGGUAAUGUUACAAAUAUCCGUCCUCAGGUUUGAGUCUGUCUGUUUUCCAUCGAAUGUACACGUCUUAACCUUCCCCUCCCUUGUUGGACAAUUGGCUUGUACAUUGAAUCCCCAUUAAGAUUUAUAGAGGUGUCUCUGCCCCUCCAGCCUCCGUACGACAAAUCAAUAAAAUAAAUAAAAAGAUCAAAUCAAAUCUGAGCUCCGUCCAUUGAUUCUUUGGAGAAUGUGUCAUUUCCACCAACUUGACAGCUGAUGAUGAAACAGACGUCUUAACCUUGAUCAUUUGUAGGAACGUGUGUAUAUCAUUAUUUGUCUUGCUUAUAUCCUCGUGUGAUGAGCCGUUCGGUCAGUGACAUGAAGGAAAACACAUUAUGAUACAGCUGUAUGAUGAACGUUUGAAAUGUUAGGUUUCUCUCUUUAUGCCCUGCUAAUUAAUAUGUGUCUUGUUCGAAUGGGAUUUAUUGAUUAAAAUGUUAAUUAAUGAUCAAAUAUAACUAAACUUUGUGAUAAGCCAGAUAAAAUCAAUUAACACAGAUUUGUGGCUAUGAAACGGUUGAUUUGAAUGUUUAUUAAAGGUUCAGUGUGUAGGAUUUAGGUGAAAUGGUUCUAUUGGCCGAAAUUGAAUACAAAAAAAACCUAGUGAUGUUUUCAGAAAUGUGUUUUCAUCUAAAGGAGAAUGUCCCCUCUAUGUUUAAAUACUUUAUAUUUACAUCGUAAGCGGGUCCUCUCUACGGAGGCCGCCAUCUGAAGGCUUCCACAGGUUCUCUCUCAUGUUUGGAUGGGGAGGGUAAGUGGAGGGGUAUUCAACUGCAACGUGCAACUUCACCACUAGAUGUCACUAAAUUCUACACACCGAACCUUUAAGAUUAAAUAUUCUGGAGAAGAACGCUGCCAUUUUAAAGCCAGAGUACCAAAAAAAAAAGGGAAAUUAGACUUAAGCAAACAUCAGUGAGAACCUAAAAUGGGAGAAACCAUGUUUAAGACAAAUGUAUUUGACGUGUUCUUUGACUCUUAGCUUGGCCCAUAUAACAUGUUAACGUGGAGGAGGGACUAUUGACCUAUACUGCAGCCAGCCACCAGGGGGCGAUCAAGAUGCUUAGGCUUCACUUUUCGGGAGCUGUCAUUGCGUCCAUCUUAAUUUUUAGUCUUAUCUGUAUUGGAAUGAUGUGAAAAACUAGUUCCCUACUUGGAAACUAAUCUUGGAAGGUGGACGACGUUGCUGACGUCUUCAGUUAUAAACCAAUCCCCACACUUUCUUUAUAACCAGCUUGAAAUAGCAGCUUCUUAUGUCAACUCAUCAAAUGUUGCACGUUUGAUUACCUGCAAACUGUGAACGUCUCUAACAAGCACCUAACAGCAGACUUUUGAGCCAAUACACACGCUUCUGAUUCAAGUCUUUAAUUAUUUAUUUGCCUUCACAUCUGUUUAUUUUCCUUUGCUCUUAUAUGUAAACGAAAGAUGUGUCAAGGUGUUGUGUAGCUCACUCAACACAUUUAGGUUAAUAUUCACGUUUUUCCAAGAUUGCGAAGCACGUGAACACAAAGUCGGGACAACGACGGUCACAUAAAUGCUCAGUGUAGUACACAACAAAACACUUGUGAUAGAAUAGAAAUCCUUAAUAUUUGUUGUCAAAUUAUACUUCUUUUGUUAUAAUUAAAGUCCUUUUAACUAAAUCUUUUCAACUGUUCCACCAGUUCUGUCUGGAACUUUUUUUAGUCCUGCAUGAUUCAACAAAACGCCUCGUUCCAUUUGAACCUCCAUAGCAUCUCAUUCACUCUGCAAUCAGCCCCCCCCCCUCCUCUUGUCCUCCUCCCAAACAAAACAAGACCAUCCGUGUUUUUCCUUCCUGUUCAUCUAUCUCUCCACCUGUGCCAUCGACACAGAGUGACAGCCUCUGCAUUCAUGAGCAUAUCAUCAUCUGCCCUCCUCCCCGCCAAUUAGCCUUUCAUCGCUCAAGCCACCGUGGGUUUUAUCUGAACAAGACAUUUGCUUUAAAUUUAAAAAAAAUCAAUACGGACUCUUUGGAUUGUUCCAACAAAUCAAUUAAUAUUUAUUCAAUCCACUUAUUACAAUAUUACAACCCACAAUUGAUAUAUUUUUGUAACCUACAGCUAAUGAUGGUAGAUUCCCUCAGGUAAUUAAGUGGUCUCAUCCUAUUUCCCUCUAAAUGCCUCAGCAUUCAGUCAUCUCAUCUCUGUGUGAAGUCAUCCUUCACUGCCAGCUCCUAGUGACUCCCCCCUUCCUCUCAGUGGCUCUAUAGAUUUUCUCCAAAUGAUAAAUUGGACACAAGGAGCCACUAAGGUGUGACCAGGUGCCAAAGGAGUAUAGCUUUUUCUCCUAAUGGGCUUAAUUAUGCUCAAGACCUUUAAGAUCUGUUUGGAUAACUGCUAAUAACCUUUUGGGGGAUGUGGUCUUAGGAAAAGUAAUAUACAGCGUUAAAAGCCCUGUUCAAAUGAAGAUGUCGCUUCCUCCAACACAUACAUACAAUAACAGUUUCGUUUGGAAGCUUGAAAGUUGCAUCGAUGUUGGUAUGUGGCUCACUUUCUCUCGUUUGAUUAAAGAAAUGCACGGUUUCUAACCCAUCCAUCACCUCCACCCCUCCCCUCUCUCCCCAAACACUGAAACGGGUAACGCUUAAUUUCGAGCCCACUCUCUCCCGUGGCACCGAGGCGAGCAGAAACUUGUGCAGCUGACUUUGUGCUGCACGAUCCCUCCGAGCCGAUUGUUUGUUUUGCUCCUCGCAGCAAGUCUUUUUUCUGUCGUGUUUCUUUGCGGUGACAGAGUGGAGAUGAACCAGUUGGACGGAUGUUGUAGCGCGUAAAAAUUGUGGAUGGUUACUUUUGCGCAUCAACAUUUCAAGGAGUAUUUUGUCUCCAGAAGUUGCAGCGCAGCACAAGAACGAGUCCGAUUCUUCUCUCUGCAAACAUACCGCCCGCAAGCAGGCUGGAAGACCACCGACUCCGGAGAACGCCGCGAUUCCGCAGAGCGCAGAUGAUCGCAACUGGUGUUUGUGGCGUCGCGCUGGUGCUGGUGUUGGUGGUUCUGAUCCCCGUCGUGGUGAACUCCGCCGGGAGCCCUGCCCGGUACGAGAUGCUCGGAUCAUGUCAAAUGGUGUGCGACUCCCACGGGACCGCAGCCACGGCCACGGUCAAAACGACCAACCCGAUCAAAGACAACCGCCUGGUCCAGUCGCUUCCGACGUUCGUCCAAGGUCCUCAAGGAGAGCCGGGGCGCUCCGGGAGGAUGGGUCCCAGGGGUCCGGUCGGCGAGCCCGGACCACCGGGACCUGCUGGUCAGCCCGGGGAAAGAGGGGUACCGGGCCCGCCGGGUCCACCCGGAGACCCCGGAGCAAAUGGCCCCAACGGUGCCAUCAGUGCUGCCACUUACAACACAGUGCCAAAGAUAGCAUUUUACGCAGGACUGAAGAAGCAGCAUGAGGGAUAUGAAGUGCUGAAAUUCGACGACGUUGUCACAAACCUGGGGAACCACUACGAUCCAUCUUCAGGAAAAUUCACCUGCUCAAUACCGGGGAUUUACUUCUUUGUUUACCAUGUGCUGAUGCGAGGCGGGGAUGGAACCAGCAUGUGGGCUGACCUCUGUAAAAACAACCAGGUGAGAGCCAGCGCCAUCGCCCAGGACGCCGACCAGAACUACGACUACGCCAGCAACAGCGUUGUCCUGCACCUGGAGCCCGGGGACGAGAUUUACAUUAAACUGGACGGCGGGAAGGCGCACGGGGGCAACAACAACAAGUACAGCACGUUCUCCGGCUUCAUGUUGUACGCUGAUUGAAACAUGGAGACGCCGCGCGGUGGGAGGGCAUCCACUCUGCACAUAGCUUUUUGCUUCAUUGCUCAGUCUCGGUUCAAUGUCGGUUGGAUUAUUAGAGACAGAGCUCACCAUUUCCAUAUUGCAAAACGACCCAAGGAUGAAGUGGAGGAAGGCAUGCGGAGAAAAUAAAAAAAAGAGUAAAGGACUGUACUUAGCAAUAGUGACGCUCUCCCAGUGUAAUCACAGGAUAGGGAGAGUGAAUCUUAAUUUGUACAUUGUUGAAAAUGUUCCCUUGUCAGACUGAUUUGCGCACUUUGAAUGAACUCUCGCUUUACAACUUCAGUUUGCUGACAUGUCAAACAUACUGUAGCUGCCGUGGUAACACAUACUGAGUGACUGUAGUUUAAAAGCUCAAUGUAUUGGCCUCUUUAGCAUUGAAUUGUAGAUGCUAAAAUGAUACUCACAUAAUCACCACUCUGUUCUCAGCGUUGUUAGUCCCACGUGUGUGCUUUAU